CUAUCUAUAAUAAAUUCUUUGGUUUGCGACGCGGAUCCGAUUGGCCAAUGGUGAAAAGGCUCGUGAGGGAGUGAGAAAGAUAGGGAAGCUCGGCACUGGAAAGCGAGGCCCCCUGUCCUCCGUCCUCUUCUCCUCUCUUCCGCCAUUUGUUAAGAGAGUGGAAGAAGAAGACGAAGCGGGAGAAGAAGAGGAAUGAGGUAACCAAGUCAUCUGGGCUAGAACAAAGCAGAAAUCCUAGUGUUCUUACUUGUGGUAAUGGUGGAAUUUCUCCGUUGGGCGAGCUCCCGAGAUCACCAACCCGAGAAAGCUGGGAUUUUUUCCGUAAUUGCUUCGAUUCUAUUUGAGAUUAUCAGGCAAGAGGGGCGAUGACGAGGCCGCUCUAUCGUGGGCUGUCUGGUGGUGGACGGGCCAGCGGCGGCGGCGGCGGCCAUGACCAGUUUGAUCAGAAUUGCCAGGUGAAGGAUUCUUUGGAGAAUGGAUUUGGUCACGAGGCCACUAGUCCGGGGAGGGUAGCGAGAAGCCGGCCAAGCCUGACAUUGUUGCUUCUUAAGCUGGCUCUGCUCAUCGUCACCAUCAUUGCACUCUCGGGAUCACUCUACUGGGCUAUCUCCAUUUCCACCUCCUCUCGCCACAACAUUUAUAAUGGCUACCGGCGGCUCCAGGAGCAGCUUGUUGCCGACUUAUCGGAUAUUGGAGCGCUGUCACUUGGCAAAACAAGGUCGAAGGAGUUGGAAUUCUGCCCACUGGAGUAUGAGAACUAUGUCCCAUGUUACUACAAUAUCUCAGAGAGUUUGGAUUUGGGAGAUCAUGACACCCCUAUUGAACAUGAGCGUCUAUGUGUUCAAGAGUCUGCAAGGGAUAGAGGCUGUUUGAUUCUGCCACCAAGGAAUUAUAAAAUUCCUCUUAGGUGGCCAAGUGGGAGAGACUUCAUUUGGAAGGAGAAUGUGAAAAUCACUGGGCAAGAAUUCUCCUCUGGGAGCUUAACCAAGAGAAUGAUGGUGGAAGAAGAGCAGAUCUCUUUCCGCUCUGACUCCCUUAUGGUUGAUGGAGUGGAAGACUACUCACAUCAAAUAGCUGAGAUGAUUGGCCUGAGGAAUGAAUCUAAUUUCAAUGAAGCUGGGGUAAGAACUGUCCUGGAUAUAGGGUGCGGAUUUGGUAGCUUUGGAGCACAUCUUUUCUCAAAGCAGCUGCUGACCUUGUGCAUUGCUCACUAUGAGGCCACUGGUAGUCAAGUUCAACUCACUCUUGAGAGGGGCAUUCCUGCUAUGAUUGGCUCAUUUGCAUCAAAACAGUUGCCAUACCCAUAUCUUUCCUUUGAUAUGUUGCACUGUGCAAGAUGUGGGAUUGAGUGGGAGAAAAAUGAUGGUAUUUUCUUGGCUGAAGUUGACAGACUUUUGAGGCCUGGGGGUUAUUUUGUCUGGACUUCACUUAUGAAUACUCAUAGAUCUCAACGUGACAAAGAGAACCAAAAGAAGUUGACAUUAAUUCGUGAUUUUGCUGAAAAUCUGUGUUGGGAUAUGUUGUCACAACAAGAUGAAACAAUUGUGUGGAAAAAGACCAGUAAAAAGAAGUGUUACAGUUCUAGGAAAUCUGGACCUGCAGUCUGUGAUAGAAGCCAUGAUAUUGAAUCCCCAUAUUACCAACCACUCAAUCCAUGCAUAGCGGGAACCAGAAGUCAGCGUUGGAUUCCCAUUGAAUAUCGUACACCCUGGCCUUAUCAGGCUCAGUUGAAUUUUACUGAACUUGAUGUGCAUGGUGUACGCACAGAAUACUUUUCUGAGGAUGCUGCAAACUGGAAAUCUUUGGUUCAUAAUUAUUGGUCUCUUCUCUCACCUUUAAUAUUCUCAGAUCAUCCAAAGAGACCUGGUGAUGAAGAUCCUGCCCCACCUUUCAACAUGGUCAGAAAUGUGCUAGACAUGAAUGCUCGAUUUGGUGGUUUUAAUGCCGCUUUAUUAGAUGCUCGAAAAUCUGUGUGGGUGAUGAAUGUGGUGCCUACAAGUGGCCCUAACUAUCUUCCUCUCAUUUUCGAUAGGGGAUUUAUUGGUGUUCAGCAUGAUUGGUGUGAAGCAUUUCCAACAUAUCCGAGAACUUAUGAUAUGGUGCAUGCUGAUGGAUUGCUAUCACUUGAAUUUCAUCAGAAGCAUAGAUGCUCCAUGCUUGACAUAUUCUUGGAGAUUGAUCGCAUACUACGACCAGAGGGCUGGGUGAUACUUCGUGAUACAGCUCCUCUUAUUGAAGCAGCCAGAUCUGUAAUAACAAAGCUAAAGUGGGAUAUCCGCAUGAUGGAAUUUGAUGGUAACAGUGAUGAGAAGCUCCUGGUCUGUCAGAAGGUCUUCUUCAGGAAGCAACAAUAAUGAAUAUGAUUUACCGAGUCCCACAUCGAUAUGAUAUUUGUUAUUUGUUUAUGGUGGUUGGCAUAAAUUCCCUGUCAAGAAAAGGAGCAUCAGGGAGUUGGAAUACAAAAGGAGCCAAAAAAAAUUUCUUCUACCAAUACGAUCUUCUACUCCUGUGGAACCGCAAGGUGUCCGUAGGGCUUUGUAAUUAGGCAAAUGCAUGUUGGAGAGCAUAGGGUAGGUUAAAUUUUCCAUGUUAAAGUUCAUGAUUAGGAUAUAAAGAUGGAGCUGUGAAAGUUAUCACAUUGUCAGGAGCAAAACCGGAUAAAGGAAUGAUGCUGCAAUAUAUAUGGGUUUCUAUUAAUGCAUCAAGUUUAUAAAAUUUUCUCCAUCAUAUUUUUCCUUUAA